CUCCCUCCCUACCUAUCUACCUCCUUCUUCUUUCUGCUAGCCCUUUGAAGCUGGGACCCUUGGACUAGCAGCAUCCUUCACCCCCAACCCAGAGGUCCUGAUUUGAUGGCCAUUGUAAUCCAACUGUCAGUUUCAAGAGGAGCAGCUAUGGCGGAGAGGACCCUCGAUCCCACCUGUGUCUCCAUUGCCCUGGAGGACUCUGUCUGCAACGCUAGCUCGCAGGAUGGCUCCUUCCUGACCACCCACCUGAAGAAGGUGGAGAACCACAUCACGGAGGCUCAGAGGUUCUCCCAUUUGCCCAAGCGGUCAGCUGUGGACAUCGAGUUCAUCGACCUGUCGUAUUCGGUCCGGGAAGGCUCUUGCUGGCGGAAAAGAGGAUACAAGACCUUGCUAAAAUGCCUCUCUGGGAAAUUUUGCCGUCGGGAACUGAUUGGUAUUAUGGGACCUUCUGGAGCUGGGAAAUCCACCUUGAUGAACCUUUUGGCCGGAUACCGGGAAACGGGCAUGAAAGGCCAAAUCCUUGUGAACGGACAUCCAAGGGGGCUGCGGACUUUCCGUAAGAUGUCGUGCUACAUUAUGCAGGACGACAUGCUGAUGCCUCAUCUCACCGUGAGGGAAGCCAUGAUGGUUUCAGCCAACCUGAAGCUGAAGGAGAAGCAAGAAGUGAAGAAGGAGCUGGUAAACGAGAUCUUGACUGCCUUGGGACUCCUGGAGUGUGCCCACACCCGAACCUCCUCUCUCUCUGGAGGACAACGCAAGCGACUUGCCAUCGCCCUUGAGUUGGUCAACAAUCCUCCAGUCAUGUUUUUUGACGAGCCCACCAGCGGACUGGAUAGCACGUCCUGCUACCAAGUGGUCUCCCUCCUGAAAUCCUUGGCCCAAGGGGGCCGCACCAUCAUCUGCACCAUCCACCAGCCCAGCGCUAAGCUCUUUGAAAAGUUUGACAAGCUCUACAUCCUCAGCCAAGGUCAGUGUAUCUUCAAGGGAGCUGUGUCCAACCUCAUCCCGUAUCUAAAAGGGCUUGGCUUGCAUUGCCCCACCUACCAUAACCCAGCUGAUUUCAUCAUUGAGGUGGCCUCGGGGGAGUAUGGCGAUCUCAACCCACUUCUCUUCCAAGCCGUCCAGAAUGGGCUGUGCACCAUGGAGGAGGAGAAGAGCAGUCCAGAGAAGAUGGAUUCCUUGGUGCCAGAACCCUGCGUGGCACCCCAGGAUUUGGAUCAUAUCGAGAGUCACACAUUUGCUACUAGUACCCUGACUCAAUUUUGCAUCCUUUUCCAGAGGAGUUAUAUUUCCAUCCUAAGAGACACGCUCCUCACCCAUCUGAGGUUCAUGUCCCACAUCUUCACGGGAGUGUUGAUUGGCCUGCUCUACCUACACAUCGGCAACGAUGCCACCAAAGUCUUCAACAACACCGGUUUCCUCUUCUUCUCCAUGCUGUUCCUCAUGUUUGCUGCUCUGAUGCCCACCAUUCUGACGUUCCCUUUGGAGAUGUCUGUCUUCCUGCGAGAACAUCUCAACUACUGGUACAGUCUAAAGGCCUACUUUCUGGCCAAAACUGUAGCAGAUGUUCCUUUUCAGAUCCUCUGUCCCAUCACCUACUGUAGCAUUGUCUACUGGAUGACUGGGCAGCCUCCCGAAGCCAUCCGCUUCCUGCUCUUCUCAGCGUUGGCCACCUGCACCGCCUUGGUGGCCCAAUCUGUGGGUCUCUUAAUCGGAGCAGCCUCCAGCUCCCCACAAGUGAGUCUAUAUAGCAACACGGCCCAGAGUGUUUUGCCUUACUCUGCAUUUGGAAACAAGUUACGUGGCAGCUUGCCAACUCCAUUUCCAUUCUCUCCUUUGCUCUGGCUCAGGUACGGCUUUGAAGGCAUCAUCCUCACCAUCUACUCCAUGGACCGUGGAAAUCUGGACUGCACAGACAUGGAUUGCCCCUUCCAGGAUCCAGCCAAGAUCUUGAAGGAGUUGGAUGUGGAAGAAGCCAAACUGUACCUCGACUUUGCCAUCUUAGGUGUUUUCUUUGUCAUCAUCCGCCUUCUGGCUUACCUCACCCUCAAGUACAAGGUGAAGGUGGCAAGAUAAGAAGGGACAAGGACCCAGAUCCUGAUGCUGUGGGACAAACACAGCCAGCCAGGCAAUGCCCUUCCUACCACUGCCCUCAUGCCCCCAAUGGAACCUCUGCAGGCUACAGGUCAAAGGGGGAGAUGUUGGCGAGCUGGUGACCAUCAACAACUUGGCCAAAGACUGAUGGAAUAUCUCAGAACUGUUUUAACCUAAAUUCUUCGUGACAAAUAAGGCUUCCUCCCUCCCUUUCUUCUUCUCCCUCCCUCCCUCCCACCCUCUCUCCCUCUCUCCCUCCUUCCUUCCCUCCUUUCCUUCCUUUCCUUCCUUCCUUCCUAUUACUUUCCUUCCUCUCCUCCCUCUCCUUCCCAUUUUCCUUCCUUCCUCUCCUCCUUCUCCUUCCCUUUUCCGUCUUCCUUCCUCCCUCCCUCCCCUUGUAUCUCUUCCUCCCUCCCUCCUUCCUUCCUCUCCUUUCUAUUUCCUUCCUCUCCUUCCCAUUUUCCUUCUUUUCCUUUCCUUUCCUUUCCUUUCGUUUCCUUUCCUCUCCUCUCCUUUCCUUUUCCUUUUCCUUUCCUCCCUCCCCUUCUAUCUCUUCCUCCCUCCCUCCCUCCUUCCUCUCCUUUCUAUUUCCUUCCUCUCCUUCCCAUUUUCCUUCCUUUCCUUUCCUUUCCUUUUCCUUUUCCUUUCCUCCCUCCCUUUGUAUCUCUUCCUCCCUCCCUCCUUCCUUCCUCUCCUUUCUAUUUCCUUCCUCUCCUUCCCAUUUUCCUUCUUUUCCUUUCCUUUCCUCUCCUCUCCUUUCCUUUUCCUUUUCCUUUCCUCCCUCCCCUUGUAUCUCUUCCUCCCUCCCUCCCUCCCUCCUCUCCUUUCUAUUUCCUUCCUCUCCUUCCCAUUUUCCUUCCUUUCCUUUCCUUUCCUUUCCUUUCCUUUUCCUUUUCCUUUUCCUUUUCCUUUUCCUUUCCUUCCUCCCCUUGUAUCUCUUCCUCCCUCCCUCUCUCAUAUACAUUUCUGGACCGUAUCAUCCAAGCUCUCUUCCCAAAGCUGAAUAUCCACCCAAGGAAAUGUCUUUGCCGUACAACGAGUGGAGACAAGGCGGGGGGGGGAGCCCCAGACUGGGGUGUGUG